AUGCUGGUUACCUAUUUGGAAGCCAGCCGGGACCUUUGCGAGACGGACUCAAUUCUUUUUAGCGCCGCGCUGGCAGUCUGCCGUAUCAUAGGCGCCAAGGUUUCCACGGCUAGACGCGCUACUGGCAAUAGUAGCGCUAUCCCAGCAUGGAGAAGAAGAAUUGAGGAACGUAUCGCAAAGGCUAGAGCUCUCAUCGGCAGACUGAUAUGCUUCAGAACAGGCAACAACAGGCCAAGAAUUUUGCGCACCGUCAGGAUGGCGUUUGCUGGGACAAAUGUCAGUUUGUCCCAGCCGGAUAUAACGCAAAAACUGACGGAGCGCAUAGAUGAUCUGAAGCAGAGAAUCGCUGCUUGGGGAAAGCGGAUUCGGCGAUAUACCGAGAGGUCGACACGGUUCAACCAGAAUCGUCUCUUCCAGAGUGAUCAAAAGAGGCUCUAA